AUGACAAAUAUAAUAAACUAUCAAAAUAUAAUAGGAGAACAAUUUAAAGAAAGUACAAAUAUUUAUACAACCAAAGAUAAUAAUAGCUCAGCAUAUAAUAGUUUAUUUUAUGAAUUUGAUAAAAUAAUUAAUAAUAUCAGAGACGGAGAAACAUUUUAUCAAUGCUUUCUGCCAUCAUUAAAAGUUUAUUUAGUCACAACUAAUGAAACAAUAAAUAAUGUUUCAAAGUUUAUAUCAAAAUUUCUAAUAACCUUAAUAACUACAAGUAAUAGUGUUAACAAUAAUAAUAGCAAUAAUAAUAAAAAGAAAAUAGAAAUUUAUCAAUUAACUAUUGAAUUUUUAAUAAAAGUUUUGGAAUCAAAAGACUCUAUAGUUAGAAUUAGAUCACUACAGGUUAUUAGUAAUUUAAUCAAUGAUUCAAACUUCAAUAUAUCAAUAUUAGAUGAAGAAAUAUUAAAAAAUAUAAUAGAAAGAAGUCAAGAUAGAAAUUCAAAUAUUAGAUUAUUAGUGACAAAUAUUUUAAUAAAAAUUUUAAAUAUAUAUAAAUCAAUUAAAAAUCAUAAUAGUCCAGAUAAAAAUAAUGGCAACAAUAAAAAAAUAAACUAUAUAACCCAAUCAAUUUUAGAGUGUUUAUUAUAUAUAUUAGAAUCAGAUCAAGUUUGGAAUAUUAGAAACAAUAUCUUUAUAAAUCUUCCCCAGUUUAAAUACGAAUUAGGAGAAUCAGAGUUUUUAAAUAUAGUAUUGGUCAGAACAAGAGAUGUCAAAGAUCAAAUAAGAUUAGAAUCAUUAAAGAUAUUAUACAAUAGUUUUAAUUUAGAACAACUAUCAAAAACUCAACUCAUUCAAUUAUUGCACACAUGUUCCAAAGAUAAGAGUGAAAAGAAUUUAGAAUUCUCUUGUAAAUUAAUUAACAAAUGGUUUUCAUUACCCAAAUCAAAUAAAAUCAGUAUUAGAAAUAAUGAAGGUGAAUAUGAAAUGAUGGACUUAUCCCAAGAUAUGCACACUGAAAUCCCAACCCAAGAAGAUGAAAUUUGGCUCUACAGGUUUUUAGAAUAUUUUGGUGUCAAGGAGAAUGAGGAAAUUUUAACAAAUGUUUUAUGUAUAUUAUUUAAUCAAGGUAUAAUCAAAGAGUUCUCAUUGGUUAAAAACAAAGAGGUAACCCUAGAGCAAUCAUUCUAUUGUAAAGUUUCAUGCCAAUAUUUAAGGUCCCUUAAAACUGAGGAAGCAGAGGAGCGCUUAGAGCUAUUACUACCGACCCUAACCGAGUUAAGAGAUAUUUUAUUUAACCAUUUGGAUGCUGACCAUUUCACAAUUGUCCAAUUACUUUGCGUAAUCGAAUAUUCAGAUUUAUCAGAUGAAGCCGGAAGAUCAAAUAUCCAUAUAUUCCUUACCGAACUUUUAAAAGCACUAAAUGAUGAAGAGGAGGCUAUUAACCAAACAUUACGUUGUCUCUCGUUAUUGCAAAGAGUAGAAAGAGAAUUCAUUGUAUUUAUAGUAGAAAUAAUUUCAGAUUUUAUAGAGCCAUUAGAAGAUGACCCAGAGAUUGAAGAAUAUAGAAAGAGGAUUCAAAUUCUUGAAAAGAACUUUUCAAAAUUCGAAAAGAAAUCGCCAAAUGAGGCAGAGAAGAUUAAAAGUGCGAUCACUAUUUUGCAAGAUAAAAUUAAUAACAAGCAAACAGAAACUCUUAAAAAGUGUUCAUUAAUCACCCACUACCUAUUACUAAAUGCAAAGAAGUGCUCAAAUUCACCUGAAAUAGAUGGUCUUUUAGAGUUGGUUAUUUUACCAUCGAUUCAACAUAUUUUACCAGAAUUACGUAACAUUGGUAUUAAGAAUUUAGGUAUUUUUUGUUUACAUAGAAAGAAAGUAGCAUUAAACUAUUUGAAAUUGUUUGAAAAGGUUAUUGAAAAUGAUAUCCAACAAGUUGCAAUCACAUGCUUAAAGGUUAUAUUUGAUAUUUUAGUAGUAUUUGGUUCACCCAAUCAAAUACCAAAAGAAACCGAAUCAUUAUAUAAAAUGAUUAGAAAAACAUUUACAAAUAUCAACAAUAAUAGCUUUAGUAAAAAUACAGAAAUUAAAGAAAUUUUUAUUCAAGGUUUUGUAAAGCUGUUGUACUCUGGUAUUGUCUACGACCCAAAAAUUUUAAAAUAUCUUUUGUUAGAACUAUUUUCACCAUCAACUGCAACCCUCUUAGAGCUAAGACAAUGCUUACAAUUAUUUUUCCACACCUAUUGCUCUGAUGUAAUUUUCAAUAAGAAGCUGUUAUUUGACUGUACAAUGGGUGUAUUCCAAACAAUCCUUGACUCUCCACCCCAAUCGCCCUACUCAUCAAUUCACUUGGUUGAGGUUGCUAAAUUUAUUAUAUUGUUAUUGGAUAAGCCCCUCAAAUCAUUCAAUGGGUCCACAGACAUGGUUAUUAAAGAUUUAGAUUUAGAAGAUUUCAAAGUAGAAGAGUGCCACGCUAAACUAGCACUAGCAAUUUGCACAGAACUAGUUGCUAAUUUUAGAGGUCAAUCAAAAGAACUUACAAAACUAUUGCCACUAUUGAAAAUAGAUAAUAAUUUAAACCAAUCGACAUUAGAAAAGAUUUUUGAUCAAUUAGAACUACUUUUUAAUUAUUAUAUCGAUCCAUUCUUAGAGAAGUUCAACUCUAUUAUCACCAAACUUUUAACGAAAGAAUUUUUAGAGCUAAGAUCACAACUAUCACAAUCUCAAAAGGGUUUAACCAACAGUGGUACCGCUGCACAAAGCAAAAAGAAUGCAUCAACACCCUCAUCCUCUGCCAAAACAAAAUCCCAACUCUUUAACACUCCAAUGAAAAGACUUUUACAAUCAACCAAAUCCAGUCAUGUAAAAUCUGAAAUUAUUAAUAACAUUUCGAAAUCAAACAAAGAUCAAGCAAAUCCCAUCUUUAAAGAUUAUUUUAAGCAACAAAAAGGCUUAUUAGAAAAUGAAGUUGCAACAAUAGAUAAAUCGACCAAAUUAAGAAAAUCAAAGAAAAAGAAAUUAAAAAUUCAAGACGAUACAGUUGAUAAUGAUCAUGACAUCAACGGCUCUUUAGAAAUAACAACGAUUUAUAACUUUCCAUUUUUACACAAAAGAAAUGUUAAUGACACUAUUAAUAAUACUUCUGAUGCAGAAUCAGUUAGCAGUGGUGAUAGUGGUAAUGAAAAAUCAAUUACAAAUCAAGAUACCUCAAAUUUAACAAAUAAUAUGGAUAUUUUAAAUAAUUUUAAUAUUAAUAUAAACAAAGCCAACGAUAGCAAUAAUAAUUUCGAUAAAAUUAAUAAUAAUAUAGAUAAUAAUAUAGAUAAUAAUAAUAAUAAUAAUAAUAUAGAUAAUAAUAAUAAAUCAAUUCUUAAAAAGAAAACCAAUAGAAAUACCAACCAAAAGAAAGUUAGAUUUUUAAAUGCAACUCCAUCCAAUAAUAAAACCUAG